AUGAAAAUUAUAUUUUCUAUAUUUUCUAUACUUUCAUUAGUUUAUUCUAUUCAAUUAGAUUCAGGAGAUUUGAUAUCAGCAAAAUGUCAAUCAAGAUGUUACAGAAAUUUUGAAUUAAGAUAUAAUAAUGACAAUUCAAUGAGGAAAAAAUUAAAACAUGACAUAGGAAAUGAAUGUAAAGAAGAUUUUAAGUGCAAUAGUUGUAUCUUACCAUGUAAAGAGACAUUUGAUGAUGAAAAUAAUUGUGUAUUAAAGAUGUGUCAUGAUGUUGGAGAAAAAGGGGAAUGUUAUGAAAGUUGUCAAUUUUUAUUCAAUUCAACAUUAACAAAAAGUGGUACAUGUAAUAAUGAUAAAAAAAUUAAACAUUUAAUUGUAAAUGAAUGUUCAGCAGCAUGUUUUAGUGAUGGUGAUUGCCCAGAUAUACAAAAAUGUUGUACAAUAGGAUGUAGUAGAGUUUGUAAAAAACCUAAAAUUAAAGAUUCACGUUUAUUACCUAUACCUGAAAGUAUUUCUAUUCAAGAAAGAAAAAGAAAACGUAGUGCUAUUAUAAGAUGGGUUAUGAAAAAAUUAACACCAAGUCAUGUUAAUUCUAAUGCUAAUAUAUAUGUUAUACAAUGGCGAUGGGGUAUACAAAAUGAUAUUGAGAAGAUGGUUCCGUGGCAGACAAUUACAAUGAAAACAAAAAAUUAUGCUAUUAUUAAACAUGUUCUUUUACCAGGAAGAUAUUAUGUUUUUAGGAUUGCUGCAGUAAAUGAAUUUGGUACAGCUGGUUUUAGUAAUACAUCAAAUAUAUUUAAAUUAUCAAAAGAAGCAAAAGCUCCCAAUGAACCAUUAAAUAUAACAGCUCAAGUUUUAGAAUAUAACAAUUAUUUAGAUGAAUGGAGUUAUAAAAUACAAUGGUUACCACCAUAUUCUGAUUUACCAAUAAAAGAAUAUCAUUUAUUUUAUUGGGAAAGUGAUAAAAAUACUGCUGAUAUAUUGAAUUCAAAAUAUAUAAAUAUUCAAAAUAAAAGAUCAAUUGGUGUACAAAUAUUAGAUGAUGAUGAUGAAAAUUUUAAUGAAAUAAAUAAAAAAGUUUUAAUAUUACCAAGUUACUCAACAAAAGUUAAUAUUGAAGGUUUAAAAAGUAAUAAAAAUUAUAUUGUUGAAAUUUAUUCAACCUCUGAAAGUAGUAAUGGUAUAUUAAAAGGAGAUCCAUCAUUUAUUGUUAUAACAACUAAAAGUGAAUCAUCAAUAAAAAAUGAUAAUAUGAAAGAAAUUCAAAAUAAUGAUGUUAUUACAUAUGAUCCUUAUCAUAAAACAAUUAAUCAUAAACAGAUUAAUUUUAAAGCAGCUAUUGCAUCACCAUACUUUAAUUCUGGAUCGCUACAUUCUUCUAUAUCAUGGGAAAAUCAUAAAAUGUGUUCACCAACAAAAAGAAAUUUUAGUAUAAAAAUUUAUAGUAAAUCAUGUAAAAGUGAUAUAAUUACAGGAACAACAAAUGAAUGUAUUUUUACAUUUGGAGAUUUACAAUUUGAUUGUGAAUAUGAAAUUGAAGUUAAAGAACAUGAUACUGGAAUACAUUUAUUUACAAAUAUUUUUUAUACAUAUUCAUGUAUUGAAACACAAGGAAUGAAUGAAGAGAUAUGUCAAUCAUACCAAAGAAGUGGAAUAAUUUGCCUACAAUUAUCACCAACAUCAGUAUCAUGUUCCUGGAGUCAACAAACAAUGAAACAACCAACAGAAACAUUAGUUGGUUAUAGAAUAAAUUUAAGUUCUAGAAAUUCACCAAGUAAUUUAACAAUACUACCACCCAAUCAAAGAAAUGUUAUUUUUAAAGAUUUAUCACCAAAUACUGAUUAUUUAUUAAGAAUGCAAACAGUAACAAGUCAAGGAUUAGGAAAUCAAAUUGAAACAAUUUUUAGGACAUCAAAAGAUAUCUCUGAUGUUGAAUUAAAAAAUUUACCUACUAUCCUAGAGUUACCAUUAGAAUCAAGUUCUUCACAAAAAUUGUCUUACUUUUUAACUACAAUGUUGAUAAUAAUAGUUGUUAAAAGUAUUAGCUUUUUUUAA